AUGGUUAGACAUCAUGUUGAACUUGAUGUUAUUAUUGAUUGUGGUUUUGAUGAAAUGAUGAAGCCAGAGGAAUUAAAUUCGCUCGGAUCACAAAUUAUUAGAUGCUAUUCUGACAACAAGAAAUCGGAAAAAUAUGUAAAUCUUAAACUUUCAUCAUUUAAUAAAUCUUUAAAAGAGCGGUUUACCACGGUAAUGAGAAAUCAGCAUUUACAAUGGAAAAACAUUGAAAUCCUAGAAGAAGAGUAUCAUUUCCCGAACGAUCCAGAAGAUCUUAAAAAUUGGGUAUACCUUUCUUCCGACUCAUCUAAUUUAAUUGAAACCUUAGAACCUCACAGGACCUAUAUAAUAGGUGGAAUUGUUGACAAGGGAAGAUACAAAAAUUUGUGUAAGGAUAAAGCAGAAAAACAAGGCAUUCAAACUGGAAGGCUUCCUAUAGAUGAAUUCAUUAAAAUUUCUGGACGUCGUGUUCUCACUACAAAUCAUGUUUUUGAAAUCCUUCUUCAAUGGCUGGUAACCAAAGAUUGGAAACUAGCCUUUGAAAAUGUGAUUCCACCAAGAAAACUGCUUUCAAAUGUGCACCAAGAUAACACAAGUAAAAAACCACAGUUAGAAAGCAAUCAAAUUGCUGAAAAUUCUAGUUAA